AUGCUAAGUGGCUCGACGACGACUCAUUGCGGCACCGGUUGUCAGCAGGCUUACGGGACCUGCGGCUCCUCCACGCCAAGUAAGCCCGUUUCGACCAAUGCGCGAUGUGGUUCCAAAUAUGGAGGACAGACGUGUCAGGGCAGUGUGUUUGGCAAUUGCUGCUCGCAAUUUGACUUUUGUGGAAGUACAAAGGAUUACUGUUCUGCUAGUAUCUGCCAGAAAGAUUACGGUUCCUGCACGGGU